AAUUAAAUCAACAUGUCUAAACGAUGGACAAUCAUAUCAUACCUGAUACUCGUCUAUACCUGUUACAGGUGUACAUGGGCCCAAACACAAUUACCUGAACAACCAACCAAUAAUUUAGAUUUAGAAGCAGCACUGCCAGAACCCAGAGCUUAUGUACCCGAUUCCCAAUAUCUAGACUUUGUCUAUCACAAUCAUGAAGAGUUAACAAGAUUUUUAAGAGCAACUAGUGCUCGCUAUCCUAAUCUAACUGCCUUGUAUUCGAUUGGUAAGUCUAUACAGGGUCGAGAGUUAUGGGUGUUGGUGGUCUCCUCCUCACCCUAUGAACACAUGAUCGGUAAACCAGAUGUCAAAUAUGUUGGCAAUAUUCAUGGCAAUGAACCUGUGGGUCGGGAGUUACUAUUGCAUUUGAUCCAAUAUUUGGUGUCCAGCUAUGAUACUGAUCAAUAUGUUAAAUGGCUGCUGGAUAAUACUCGCAUCCAUAUAAUGCCUUCAAUGAAUCCCGAUGGCUUUGCCGUCUCCAAGGAGGGUACCUGUGAUGGCGGUCAGGGCAGAUACAAUGCCCGUGGCUUUGAUUUGAAUCGCAAUUUCCCCGACUACUUUAAGCAGAACAAUAAACGUGGCCAACCGGAAACGGAUGCUGUUAAGGAUUGGAUCUCGAAAAUACAAUUCGUUUUGAGUGGCAGUUUACAUGGCGGGGCCCUGGUGGCCAGUUAUCCCUAUGAUAAUACACCAAAUGCUAGUCCUUUGGGCGCAGUGUUUCAAACAUAUUCAGCGGCACCCUCACUCACCCCUGACGAUGAUGUGUUCAAGCAUUUAUCUUUGGUCUAUGCUAAAAAUCAUGCCAAAAUGUCACGCGGUGUGGCCUGCAAAUCUGCCACCCCGGCCUUUGAGAAUGGCAUUACUAAUGGUGCUGCCUGGUACCCUUUGACUGGUGGCAUGCAGGAUUAUCAAUAUGUUUGGUAUGGAUGUAUGGAAGUGACAUUGGAAAUCUCCUGCUGUAAAUAUCCACCAGCCUAUGAAUUGCGUAAAUAUUGGGAAGAUAAUCAAUUGUCCAUGAUCAAAUUCCUUGCCGAGGCCCAUCGCGGUGUCCAAGGUUUUGUCUUCGACAACAAUAACAAUCCCAUUGAAAGGGCAUCCCUAAAAAUUAAGGGACGCGAUGUUGGUUUCCAAACAACCAAACAUGGUGAGUUCUGGAGAAUAUUGCUGCCGGGUUAUUAUAAAUUGGAGGUAUUUGCUGAGGGCUAUUCUCCACGAGAAAUUGAAUUUGUCGUUGUCGAACAACAUCCAACAUUGCUGAAUGUCACGCUGUCACCAUCUAAGCGCACCGAGGGCGGUUCAUUAUCACCCAUUUCACCGCUAUAUCGACCCAUACCCGGCCCACCACCACACCUCUAUCGUCCACCCACACCCGGCUAUGGUGGCGGUGAUUCCAGUAUCUUCUCCUCCAUUACCAGCGGUCUCAAUAAUCUCUAUUCGAAUCUGUUCGGCUGAUCGUUUCUCUUCGUGAUCGAAAUAUUUCUCGAUUAUCGUACCAUUUAUUUAUUUAUAACAUUUUUCAUAAUACUAUCGAUAAUUCAUAUAGCAAGUCGUGAAGAUUUCGAUCCGUUGCCCCAGGAGGGGGAGGAAUAA